ACUUCCUCAUUAUUAGUUUGACAGGCUGCCAGUGUGUUGGUCGGUGUGGCAGUCAUGAAGGACGGUAUCAGAGCCGAGGAACAGGUGGACGUUUCCCGCCAGGAGCUGUAUGAGGAUUAUAUGAGCUGGUACCUCCACCUGUGUACCGAGGUCCAGCCGUGCCGCGAUGCCGGGCUGCUGAGGAAGGCGGCUCGGUAUCUGCUGAGGGAACCAGAACUCAGAGGAGCUUUCACAGUGUUCCCUUUCUACCAGGCUGUGAGCGAGGGCUGUGGAGCCCUGAGCUCAGACUGCAGGAAACUGCUGUCUGCUUUCAUCAAAGCCACAGAGCUGCUGGAAACCCUCUGCGUCAAUCUGUUCCUUCAGCCCUGGAGGAAGGAAAUCAGGACACUGAAGACGUUUACAGGUCCGUUUGUUUACUGUCUCCUGCCGGUUUUCAGCAGUUCUACAAUUCAAUCAGUCCUGGCUUCUAUUGGCUACCUGCCCCAUCCUGAUGCUCCACAAAGUGAGUACAGACUCAGUGAGGCUGCUAAUGCAGACACAGCCAUGCUAGUGGGCUUUGAGCUGCUGCUGGCCAGGGUAGAAUGUCACCACCUCCUGGAGCUCCUGGAGAAGGAUCAGCUGGGACCACAGGAGUGGCUGGAGGUUUUCCAGAAGAGAGCGGGUCCUACAAAACCACAGGAGGAACUAACAGAAAAGAAGACAACAACAGGGCAAAAGGAAGAGGAGAAGAAGAAGGAGGAGGAGGAGGAGGAGGAAGAGGCAGAUCAGAAAGAGGUACCUCUGCAUUUGGCCUUCGGUCAUACAGGGAACCCCCCAGCCAAGCCUAGACGCACCCACCAGAUCAGCAUAGACCAGUCCAUUAUGGAGAUGCAGAGGAACUACCCUGACCUUGCCAUCAGGGGCCGGCGUCUGCUAUCAGACAACUCUCACCGAGCAAACUCCAGCAGGAGUACUGCCAGCACUAAAGCUGCUAAGCUCCCCACAAGAGCUUCUGUUAAAGACACCAAAGCUGGUGCAACAGCUCUCCGCAGUAAAGGUGACAGCAGCAGCAAAGCCGAUGAGGUGUUUGGUUGCAAUGGCAGGAGCGGCGGUCAAACCACCGCCCUGGGAGACACUACUGGCAGUAGUUUCAGUAACACUGAUGGAAACAGAGUUGAUGAUGAGCUCAGUCCUCAGUGUGUUUCCUUGCACAUCACACUGAGAGCUGGAGCAACAGCACAGCAGAGGCUGCAGACUGGAGAGCCUCAGCCCACAGCGGAGCCCCCUGCCUGGACACAACAGCAGACCACAGCAGACCUACAAAAUAAGAGACCGGUCAGCCCAGAGCAUACCUCGCUAAGCUCCAUGGAAGAGGAGCGGGAUCUGAGAGAGCUGGCGGAGAGGAUGGGCCAGCUCCACGUGCAGGAGCCCAAAGAGGAGGUGAAGAGAAAAGAGGAAAACAAGAGGGAAGAGGAGAGCACAAGUAAAGAGAGGAGGAAGAUAGAGAGAAAGGCAAGCGCGGAGGGAGAGGCGAAGGAGCAGAACCUCAGGAGGCCAGUGAUGGAGACGGGUCCGCUGCUGAGCUGUGCUGCUGGCAGAUGCACCAGAUCCUCUCAGUCCAACCCGGCAUUGAUGAAGGAGCAGAGGCAGCCCGCUGUGUGUCAGCCCACUCCGCUGAGCGUCAGCACAGCAGACUGUCAGAGCUGUACAGGAGGGCAGCAGGAAGGAGAUUCUGAGAGAGCAGAAACAGGCCGAGGGGAAGAGGAGGAGCUGGCAGAGGAGUACUGUAUAUUAUAAUGGAGCAUCUCUUUUGGCUAAUUAACAUGUAUGGAAAUUACUGAGCAAUUCUGAGUCUGAACACAAGCUGCCUUUGACUUUUAAUGAAUGAUACAAAACAAAAACAACAAAACAUCACUCUUAUUUUUUGCAAUUUUCACUUUCUCCCACAGUUUAAUUGCAAAAAACAAGACACUAAAAACAUUGCAACAUGUAUCAACAUGCCAUGAAGUCAGGAAUUUUUGGCUGCAAAAAUCCCCCAAAAAGCUGACAAAAUCCUGGAGGGACUGAUUAGUUUACUUAAUGCCUAUUGGAUCACGAUGUUAUUUAAUCCCAUAGACACUCAACUGUUGAGCCCAGAUAGCCCAAUAUUGCUGUUUGACAUGACUUCAGACAUCAAAUACAUGAAAAAAGGUUUGUCCUUAAGCAUUUAUUAGUUUCUGACUCUGGGAAAAUAAAAUGUGUGUGUAUAUAUAUAUAUAUUUUAAGUGAUAAACAUACUGCUCUAACUGAAGGCUCAGGAAAUAGUAAAGGAAGCCAAGCUGCUUCAUCAAAUUUAGCAACAUUUCCUCUCACGUCAUCAACACACUGCCCUCUUACAUCCUCACAUGCUCAUCAAACUUGUUUUUCUCUCAUGAUUUCGGCCUUAGUGUAGAUUAAUUACAGCUAGUUUUGUUGUUUAUUAACUAUUUUUAUGAACCAUGUUGUCAUGAAUCACAGGAUGAAAAUGAAGGGGAACUUAAAGCAUGAUUAACCCCACUUUCAUUAUUAUCCCCAUGAACAGGGUGUUCCAGUCAGGCAGAUACUGUGUGAGGCUUUGGUCAGCACAGUAUCAUGUUGAGUCCUCCUGGAGUGAAUCCAACUCUCAACCCUGUAGGACUGACUCAUUUUCUCCUUUCAUGGAGACAGGGGUGGCUGCAGAGGGGUGGCAGAAACUGCCAUAUUUACUUGGGGAAAUGCCCAAAUGUAAUUCGUGCUGCAAAAUGUAUUGAUUAUACUCCUGUAAUGACUUGAGGACAACCAGUGGAAGCUGAGAAACACACCUCUGUUGAUUUCUUUUUAAUUGUUCAUUUUUAAUUAAUAUUAUAAUAACAAUAUUAAUAUGGGUUAGGGUUAGGGCUUUUUUCAUUGAAUUAUUGCUCUUUUGUUCAUGUAGUUUGUAAAUCUGUAAAUAAUUGAGUGAUUAUAUUUUGCUAGCAUAACACUCACACACACUCACACAUACGACUUUAACACACACACAUACACACUAACAACUUCAACACACACUUCAACACCACAAUCUCAUCAAACACACAAACACAAAAGUUUUUUUAGUUGAUAUUUUCUAUUUCUAAUGUUUUUCUUUUUACUGUAUAAUUUCUAAUUGCUUGCGCAAUAUUGUCUUUGUUAAACACAAAGCUGAAGAUUGGAUUGAAUGGCUGGCCACCACAGUUUGGUGUCAAAUGCUAUCAAAUUUAAAACCUUAAUUUAGAUUCAUAGAUUCAUUCAUGUGUAGCUGCAUUAGAAACUGAAAUAGAUAUAAUAAUAUAAUAAUAUAAUAUAAUCGGGUCACAUUUUAGACUAAGUGAUCGUCUUAAGGUCAAUGAAAAUUGAUGACAUGUAUUUGGAAAAAUGUCUGUAGAUUUGUAAAUAAAACAGUGUAUUGAUUUCUAAUGCCA